AUGAAUCAUAGAUCAAUUAGACCAUCCAGCGCUUAAUAAAAUGUAUCACAUUUAAGUGAUAAGAAUGUAUCCUUUCAUAAGAAGUACUAUAUUUUAUUUAUUAUUAGUCCUUACAAGUAACCAAAUUUAUAGAAUGUCACAAAAUAAAGACCCAAGGAAAGCGAAAAAUUAUUUGAAGAGAGUCUCUAACUUAAGCUUUUAAUUAAUUAAUUUAAAGAUGAGAAUAUUAAACUAAGAACUAGAAACACUAAUUUAGAAGUACUAUUGCAAUUAUCAUCUAGAAAGACUUAUAAAAAUGUUAAAAAAUUAUUGAAGAAGUAGAAACUACUGGAAAUAUGAAACGAUUUUAUGCUAAACCAAGCACAGAUAAUUAAAUGAUUCUUAGUUUUAAAGCUUAAAUUAAAGAAUUGCGAUAAAAUCUUGAUCAAAGAGAAUAAGAAAUGCUAGCUCUUAAAAAGACAGCUAAAUAUACUAAACUCACAGAGAUGGAAAUUGAACGGAAAAUGCUCUAGGAUGAAACCAUUCGAUUAAAAUAAGUUAUUGAUGAACUGAUACAAUAAAAUUUAUAUGCUUAAUAAAAAGAGCAUGAUUAAUAAAAAUUAUAGGAUAUGAUUUCACAAAGAGAUAAUCUUAUUAAAUAAAUGCAAUAAGAUAUAGAAUCAUUUUAAACAGACAAUAAAAAUCUUUAAUCACAAUUAUAAUAGCUCAUAUAAGCUUAUCAAGAUCUUGAUAGAGAAUAUACAAAACUUGAUUAAAACAUGUAGAAUAAAUUAAAAUAAAAAGAUAAGCAAUUAAUAGAACUUAAAACAUAACUUACUAGAUUGAAAGAACAGUAUGAAAAAGAAAAGAAACUAUUGUAACAACCUAAAUUUAGUCCAACUCUUAAAACACAUAAUAAAGUAACAAAACGCAUUUAGAGUGCUAAACCACUUGAACAAAUCACAAAACCAAUUUAAUAAGAUGAGAUAAGUAAUAUCGUAGAGGAGAUUAAAUAUAAAUUAAUAGCGUUAUCCUUGCAUUCGAAAUAAAUUGAUAGUUUACUAUUUAAUUAAUCAACCUAAUAAACUACAAUAGGAUAAUUGACAGAAAAGUUAAUAAAUGAUCCAUUUUUCCUAAAAAAAACCGAUGCUAAUAAUUUUGCUAGAUUUUUAAUAGAAUCUCCAUAAUAAAAGUAUCCAUAUACUCCCAAUGAAUCUAUUGCUUAAGAUAACGGAUUGAUAAGAGGAAUCUUCUUUAAAACAAUUGGGUUUUGGGCUUGUUAUGAUUAAGUUGAAAAGAGAGUAUUGGAAUAAUGUUUAGCUAAAUUAUUUCAAGGAUCUCUCAGUUAAAUAGAAAAAGUUAUGGGCAAAAAUGUAUAUGUAAAAAAAGAUUUUAUCUCUUAAAUUGAAAAAAUACUCUAAAAAAAGUAGAUGAGAGAAUUAGAACUAACUUAUUUAAUUUCGAAAGUAAUUAUUAUUUUAUGAUUAGAUCAUUUUGUAAUCAAAAAGUCUUAAUACUUUAAAAGGAGAGGUAUUUGUGAAAUACCUAAGAGAAUUGGAAAAGCUAGAAAAUGAGGAAGAUGUAAGAGUUGAUGAUCUUUAGUAAUAUUAUGAUAGUUUAGGGUAAUUUCAAAUUGAAUUAAUAAAACUAGAUAAGAUAAAGGGUUCUUUUUUUAUAAAUAGUUAAGAAGCAAGUAAGAAUAAAUGAUUGCAUUAUUGGAGACUAAGGAGGACAAAGUUGAUGAAGUAGAUAUUAAUUAAAUUAAUGAUGGAAUUCCAUAAAAAUCAGUUUAACAAUAUAUUAUAAAAGGAGGACUUGUAAGAAGUCAUUCUGAUCCGGAUCCAUUACAAUUAAUUUUAAUCUAAAAGAAUGAAGAAGAAGAGGAAGAAGAAGAAAAUUAAUAUUAAUAGUAAUAAAAUGAUAACUAACUUUAAUAAAAAUAUGAAAAAGAGCAAUAUCCAUAUAAUUUUGAUGAAUAAGAUGGUGAGUAUGAAAAUAAUGAAGAAGAAAAUGAUGAUUAUUAACCAGAUUUAAACAAUGCUCAUAUAGAAGAGCAAGAUUAAUAUUUGGAAGAGGAGGAUGAUUACAAUAUAAAUGUGGAUGGAGUCUUUGAGGAAGAUAAUGAUGAUGAAAAUGAUUAAUGGGAGAAGGUUGAAAAUAAAGGCAAUUUUCCAGUUCGAUAAGAGUAAUUUUGAAUUUAUAAGUAGUCGAUAAAUUCCUAAUAGUAGCCAACUUCCAGUUAUGUAAAUAAAGUUAAUAGAAGUAAUAGCGAUGUCAAGGCUAGUUUGGUUUCAGAAUUGCAUCCAACUAAAGAAAUUAAUGAAGAAGGUUUGUAAUUUUUAAUUAUAUCUUUUAGAAUAUAUGGAGGAAUAAUUUGAAGAAGAAAAUUGA